AUGGCGGAAGAAGAAGAUUUCAGUUCCAUGCCAUUGGCGGACCGCUGGGUUCACAAGGUUUGGAAAGUACGCAAGCAAGCAUACGAGGAUGCAGCGAAGCAGUUCGAGAAGACUCCCGACGAACACGACCCUGCUUUCCGCCCCUUCUUGCAAGAUACGGGUUUGAUGAAAGGAGCAGCGGCCGACUCCAACGUUGCCGCCCAACAGGACGGCCUGGCGGCAUUGUGCGCCUUCUUGAAGUACGGCGGUCGAGAAGGCGCCGUACGGACACGACCUCAGACUGUCACUCCAAUCGUGGAGAAAGGUCUACCGUCGACAAGAGCGGCGAUAAAGGCCUCGGCCCUUGAAGCACUCCUCCUCUACAUCGAACUCGAUGUACCCGGCCCCGUCAUCGAAGAAAUCCUGCCCGCCCUCUCCAACAAACAGCCAAAGAUUAUCGCCGCAUCGCUCGCUGCCCUCACUCAGAUUUACCACAACUACGGUUGCAAGACGGCCGAUCCCAAGCCUGUCCUGAAACUUUUGCCAAAGGCGUUUGGUCACGCCGACAAGAAUGUCCGAGCAGAAGCCACGAACCUCGCCGUGGAAUUCUACAGAUGGCUCCGGGAUGCCAUGAAGCCCAUGUUCUGGAACGACCUGAAACCAACCCAGCAAACAGACCUCGAGGGCCAGUUCGAGAAGAUAAAGGCAGAGCCAACUCCAAAGCAGGAACGCUUCCUCAGAUCACAGCAGGCAGCCAUGGCACGCGCGCCCGCUCCCGGCGCGGGUGGUGACGAAGCAGACGAUGCAGACGACUAUGUAGAGGAACCAGCAGAGAUAGACGCCUUUGAUCUCGCCGAACCCCAGGACGUCAUAUCCAAGGUUUCUCCCGACUUUUACGACAACAUCGCAUCUUCCAAAUGGAAAGAGAGGAAGGAAGCACUUGAGGCGCUCUUUGCCGUCUUGAACGUGCCCAGGAUCAAGGACGGCGACUUCGCCGAGAUCAACCGCUGUCUGGCAAAGUGCAUGAAGGAUGCCAACAUUGCUGUCGUCACCCAGGCAGCACAGUGCAUCGAGGUCCUCGCAAAGGGUCUGAGGAGGGGUUACGGCAAAUACCGGUCCAUCGUCCAGCAGCCCGUGAUGGAGAGGCUCAAGGAGAAGAAGCAAACCGUGUCCGACGCGCUGAGCGCAGCCUUGGAUCAGAUAUUCUUGGCGACAAGUUUCACCGACUGUUUUGAGGAUAUCAUCGCAUUCCUAGUCCACAAGAACCCGCAGAUCAAGGAGGGUACCAUGAAGUUCCUCAUCCGAUGCUUGCGAAUCACGAGGGACGUUCCAAGCAAGCAAGAGAUAGGCACGAUUGUGGAGUCGGCGAAGAAGCUUCUGUCCGAGUCGAGUGAGGGUCUGCGGUCCGGCGGCGCCGAGAUCCUGGGAACGGUCAUGAAGAUCAUUGGAGAGAGGCCAAUGAAGCCUCACCUGGAAGGCCUGGAUGAGAUUCGAAAGACGAAGAUCACCGAGUUCUAUGAAUCCGCCGAGGUCAAGGCCAAAGAAAAGCCCAAGCCACCGCCUGCACCUGCCCGAGGCCCGCCUGGAGGGCCCAAGAAGGCCGUCGCCGGGGGGAAGAAGGCACCAGCAGGUACCAAGAAACCCGCUCCGUCCUCAGCUGAACCCCUCGCACCGCAAGCUUCAUCCCGCGCCGGCCCAGGCAGCAAAUUGGGGAUGCCCAAGCCCUCAGGCCUCGGAGGACUUAAAGCGCCUCAAAAGAGGACUCUUGCCGCUCCUGGUGGUGCUUCGCCCCGGCGACCGACAGCCGCACCACCCGUCAUGGAGGAUGAAUAUCCUGCAUCUCCCCCCCCGCAGCCAAAGCCCCGUAUUGGAGUUGGCAGAGGCGGGCUUGCAGCUCGAUCUCUUGCAAAGCCGUCAGCCGCCCCCACCCAGGUCGCGCCAUCCACAUCGCCCACGCCAUCGUCUGGCCUCACAGCCCUGGAACGCGCCGAGCUCGAGGAGCUCCGUGCAGCUAAUGAUCGGCUGAUCAAACAGCUCGAGGACUCGCGCCACGACCGGUCCAAGCUGAUGUCGGAGAUCCAGGAGCUGAAGAACCAGAACGCCGGCCUCAUCGAGGACCACACGCGCGACGUCCUCUCUAUCAAGGCGAAGGAGACCCAGCUGGUGCGGGCGAGGAGCGAUGCCGAGGCGGCGGAGCAGACCAACGAGCGCCUGCGCCGCGAGCUCGAGAGGCUUAAGCGGGCUCUGAGCAAGGCCGAGGCAGUCGGGGCCAACGGCGGUCCGGGGAGCCCCGUGAGCCCAAGCAUAGGACUGGGCAUGAUGAGCCCCACGCACGACGACAUGGGCAUCUACCGGGACGGCAGCGGCGGCUUCCCGUCGGGCGCCAACAGGAACCGCAUGAGCUUCACCAGCACCCUCAGCGAGGAGAAGGAGAACGGCGACAUCGCCCCAUACCCGCGGAACAAGCUCAGCCCCGAGCUGAGGUACGCCGGUAGCGCGGCGAGCAGCGGACGGGGGAGCCCGGCCAGGGGGUUCAGGAGGGACGCGGGCGGCGGCGGCGGGGGCGGCAUGGCGUUCGACGGCGCGGAUGCCGCCGCUGCGCCUUCGGGCCUGAGCUACGGCGGCGAUCGAGCGGGUAGCCGGGCGGGCAGCCGGACGGGCGAUGGUGGUGCGGGGGCCGGUCAGGGCGGGUCCGGCGUGGAGAGCUGGAAGAGGGCUGCCGAGGUGACGAGCCAGUUGAAGGCGCGGAUCGAGCAGAUGAAGGCGAGGCAAGCCACAUCGCGGCCUUGA